AUGGCCGAAACCAAGAUCGACUAUGUGAUCGCGAUACCGACCUUCAUUGGAUCCUUGCUCUCCUUUUUAGCCAGCGCGGUAGCUAUCAUUUUGCAGAUCGCUCGUCCUCCAAGGCGCCAUUUCCGUCAUGCGCUGAUCGUAAACCUCCUCAUCUCAGACUGUAUCAACAGUUUGGAAAACACCAUCUCGGGCGCAAUAUUCUUAUAUCUUGGCUACACGCUUAGCGAUACUACUCCCCCGUCUGCCGCGUGCAUUGCGAGCGGCUACAUCAAUCAGCUCAGUGUGCAGACGAUUGAUUUCAACAUUCUCAUUAUUUCUAUAAUUGUCCUUGUGUCGAUUGUCAAAAGCGAUCUUAUUGCAAGGAUAUCGACCACCAACCAAAUCCUCGUUUGCGUGGCAGCCUGGGUGCCUGCCUUGAUAACUAGUCAUGUUGCCCUUGGCUUGAAUGCGUAUGGGUAUGUGAGCGGAAAUUGGUGCUGGAUCAAGGCAAGCCGUGUGGAUCUCCGCUACGGCCUCACUCACGGAUGGCGGCUCUUCAUCUUCUUCGCCACCAUCAUCAUCUACUCGUAUAUUUAUAUCCGACUCCAGCAGACGUUCAAGUCUCUAAGAACAUUUGGCGGGACCACGAAUACCCAGCCGUCACGUGACGUCGGCGGAAAUCUAGGCUCUGACACGGAACAUAUCUUGGUAUCCCACGACAUCACCGUCACUCACGAAUUGCAGGACACCUCGCAGAGUCGCUUUCAUGGCCUACAUAACAACUCUUCUCAGGGAAUUAAAUCGCCUACGGACAAUAGCUUUGAGGUUUCUCGCCCAACAUUGGAAAGUGUCAGCGGGCCUCACUACGCCUCGCACAUGCCAGCACCGCCCAACGUGAAGAAGAUGUUGCUCAUGAAUGGGUACCCGCUUGCUUAUAUUAUUUUAUGGAUUCCGGGUAUUGCGAAUCGGCUGGCAGAGUCUACUGGACAAUCACCUCGGUGGCUCAAGGCAUUGCAAGCGUCGACACAAUAUGUUGGUCUGGUAAAUUCCUUGACCUAUGGUAUAAGUGAGCAAAUGAGACAGGAAGUGUGGAAGAAACUAAAGGGGCCCAGCAGUUCUUAUGGCCAUCAAUAA